AUGAAAAACACAAUUAGAGAUAAUCCAAGGACUAGGGCUGUGGAUAUUCGUAAGAAGAUAUCAAGAAAGUGGAACGUGAAUGUGAGUAAGUCAGUGUCACGUAGGGCAAGGGCAUUGGCCAAUGAGGAAGUUGAAGGUUCUUUUAAAGAACAAUUUAAAAGAAUAUAUGAUUAUGCCCAUGAAAUUCUGAGAUCUAAUCCGGGAUCAACUGCAAAGGUUAAAGUGGAUACAAUUGAAGGGAAAACAUACUUUAUGAGAUUUUAUAUGUGUCUUAAAGCCUGCAAGGAUAGUUUUUUUUGUUGUCGACCUAUUAUUGGUUUGGAUGGGUGUUUUCUCAAAGGGAGAUAUGGAGUUGAUGAUCUUGGUGGUCCCAAUAUAUGUUCUUCCAUCACUUUCAUGUCAGACCAGCAAAAGGGUUUGUUGCCUGCUAUACAAGACAUUUUGCCAGGAGCUGAUCAGAGAUUUUGCAUGCGUCACUUAUAUGCAAACUUUAGGAAAAAAUUCCCAGGAAAAAAUCUGAAAAAUCUGAUGUGGCAGGCUGCAGUCAGUACUUAUCCACAACAAUGGGAAACAACUAUGCGGAUGAUUAAAGAAGUUAACUUGGACGCAUUCAAGCAUCUAAUAGCCAUACCCCCUAGGUAUUGGUCUAGGUCCAGGUUCAACCCAAGACCUAUGUCUGAUACAUUAGUGAAUAAUAUGAGUGAGGCUUUCAACAGUGUAAUUGUAGAGGCGAGGAGCAAGCCUAUCAUAAGUAUGAUGGAACAAAUUAGAGGUUACUUGAUGGAUAGAUGGGCCACAAACAGAUCAAAGGUGACUGCUGCAGAAGGGCCAAUCUGCCCGAAAAUUAAAUCAAGAAUGAAACAGGAAUCUAAAGAAACCAAAAACUGGUUACCAAGGUGGUCUGCAGAAAAUUUUUUUGAGGUUAGGCACACAUUCAAUGGGGAAAAAUAUGUUGUCAACCUAGAUACCAGGGACUGCAGCUGUAGGAAAUGGAGUAUCACAGGGCUCCCUUGCUGUCACUCAUUGGCUGCAAUGAAAUUCCUGAAUUUGGAUGAAGAAGACUUCAUACCUUUAUGCUUCAAGAUGUCAACAUAUAAGGAGACUUACCAGCCAAUAAUAUACCCAACCAAUGGACAACACCAGUGGGAUGUCACAGAAUAUCCAGAUGUUUUACCUCCACCAAAAAGAAUCCUACCAGGCAGGCCAAAGAAGAAAAGACGUCUAGAAGCUUGGGAGUUAAAGAAGAAAGAUAAAAAGGUUAUAUCUGUGAAUAGAUCAGGUGUAAGAAAAAAAUGUGGCAUAUGUAUGCAAAUUGGCCACUUCAGAAAAACUUGCCCCCUACGGCCUAAAGAAUAUGGACCUGAACCUGCACCACAUUCUGCACCAAAAUCUGCUACUGCACCUACACCAGAUUCUGCACCAGAAUCUGCUACUGCACCUACACCAGCUUCUGUACCUACACCAGCUUCUGUACCAGACUCUGCACCUGCAACUACACCAGAAUUUGUAACACACCCUGCAUCUGCAUCUGAAUUACCUGCACCUGCAUCUGCAACACAGCCUGCACCUGCAACCGCAUCACAGUCUGCAACACAGAAUGGACCUCCACCACCUUCUACAACACAUGAACAAGCAACACAGAUAACUCAUGGAACAGAAUCAUCCCAACCAGUCCACCAAAAUCUCAUUCCUCAACCAACACGUGGUAGACCUUUUUCAAGGCAAAAACUCCAGCAUAGGAGAGGCGUUGUAUGGAAACCAUGA